AUAGCUAAAGAUGGUGGGGGAUAAGCGCAAGGCUCAAUGAGUCAUUGCGUCUGGCAUGACAGCGAAACGACACCGAGAAAGCCGCACGAUUGUGACCUUUCUCGAAAUGGGUCUGGUUGGGUGGCAGCCACGGUAUCCGAGUCCGUGGCCAAAGGAAAACGGAAAGCGGGGAAAAGUUUUCGACUUCAAGGCAAGCCAAAAGACAAAAGGGGGAGCAAUUACUUUUGGAGGCAAAAACUUUGGGCCGCCUGACGUUUGACUUUUGCCCGCUUCGUUCACGGCAAAAGAAAAUGCGCAACAAUACUGGGUGUAUUUUGGAUUUUGGAUUGCACAAAGCACAUACCACAUGGCACAUAACAGGCCUAAACGGACUUAUAGACGUGGCAUUCCGCCUGCCGUGACUUAUUCGCGUUUCUGCAACGGACGCGGCAGGUUCUCCCGGCAAUUGGAGUUCCACUUUUCCGCAUUGUUGGCCACCUAACGAGCAAAGUUUUCCACGGCGCACUUUAAUUUUCCGGCCAUUAGUGGCAUGUCCACCGACGAGGAUUCCCUGGGCAGUCCCCUAAAGCCGGCCACGCCCACACCCAGUGAACGCGAACCGGCACGGGAACGCCACCGGGGCGGUCGAUCUGGCGCCUCGGAUCUGCUGCGCCAUCAGCAAAGCUUCGAGGCUCGCUACAGUGGCAUCAUCCAGAAGCAAAUCUGGGAGACGAGCAUCAACAAGGAUGUGCUGGAACGUCAGCUGAACGCCUACUUCCCCUUCUCCCGAAGCGCCUCGCUGACCAAGGACGCGUCCGGCGGAUUCGAUCAGCUCCUGCCCCCGGCGCCGGGCGGAAGUGGUCCGAAGUCGCGAUCCCUGGCCACCACGCCCACCCGGCGAGCGGGCGUCUGCCUGGAGAAGCUGGAGACGCUGGAUGUGGCCUCCAUCGAGCAGCCGGAGCAGGCGAAGUAAUGUUACGGUGUCCGUAAGGUUGAGAGGCAGUUUUGAACAUUUUUAGUCUUAGAUAGGAUAGGUGAGAUAUCUUAUUAGGACCCAGAACCAAAUUUAUCAUUCGACUAGGUAUAUUUAAUAUGUAAUAACUGUGAAAAGCGGGAACUAGUGUUUCUUUUUGGUGCUACAAAUUAAAUAUGACCAAACAAAGACAAAAUCAAAACUCGCUUAAUAUGAAAAACAUAUUUCUAAUACAUGUAGCUUUAGGAAGUAUUACUAACGUGUAAGAUGUAAGUCCAGUCCAAUCUCUAUGGAAUCUACUGUUUAUUUAGCACCCCUACGAAUUUGCACAGCACUAAAACAAUCAAUUUGCAUAGUUCAACCAGUGUCGAUGCAAAACACUCCUUUUAUUGGCUAAGUUUAUGAGCAGGACAUCCCCGGAUCAAAGUAAACCCUAUUUAAGCUACUAUUAUUCAAUCUUCUUCAAUAAAACAAGAGCUUAUUGCAUA